AUAUAUACGGCUGAAGUUCAGCGGCGCUCGAGCAGUACAGACAAACCUUGCGUUAGCAGAUCUCGUCCAGAAGCAGCUUCAUUCAUUUCCAGCUCUCUGGUCUAAUGGGAAAAGUCUUUGUAAAUGCGUUUUAAGAGAUCUUGUUUGAAAGAAGUACACACUGGCCCGGGCCUUGAGGCUUAUCUGAAAGGAUUUAACUUCACUGGUGAACCGCCUUGGUUGCUGGACAUCUGUUAGCCACCUUACAAUUCCAUCUUUUUCUGCGAUCCUUUUCUUUUGCAAUCAAAUCUUAAACAAACACGAUGACCACUUUGACUGGAGAAGACUUUGACUUCGCCUUCCUGGAGGAGGGAUUCUGUGCACGUGAUAUUGUGGAACAGAAGAUCAACGAGUCGUUAUUAUCUGACGAUAAAGACGCAUUCUACGUGGCAGAUCUGGGCGACGUUUUGAAGAAGCAUCUGCGAUGGGCACGCGUCCUACCCCGCAUCAUGCCGUUCUACGCGGUGAAGUGCAACGACAGCAGGGCUGUCAUCACAACGCUGGCGUCUCUGGGAGCUGGAUUUGACUGCGCGAGCAAGACGGAGAUUCAGCUCGUGCAGUCUGUGGGUGUGGAGCCGGCCAGGAUCAUCUACGCAAACCCCUGCAAGCAGGUGUCUCAGAUCAAAUACGCCUCGGCCCACGGAGUGCAGAUGAUGACAUUUGACAGCGAAGUGGAGCUCAUGAAGGUGGCACGGUGCCAUGAAAAUGCCAAACUGGUUCUCCGUAUCGCCACCGAUGACUCGAAGGCCGUAUGUAGGCUGAGCGUGAAGUUUGGAGCCACGUUAAAGAGCAGCCGGCUGUUGCUGGAGAGGGCGCAGGAGCUGGGCUUGGAUGUGAUCGGAGUGAGUUUCCAUGUGGGCAGCGGCUGUACUGAUCCUGAGACAUACACGCAGGCCAUCACAGAUGCACGCUGUGUGUUUGACAUGGGGGCGGAGCUGGGAUACAACAUGACGCUGCUUGACAUCGGUGGAGGUUUUCCAGGAUCUGAUGAUACCAAACUCAAGUUCGAAGAGAUUGCUGCUGUGGUCAACUCUGCACUGGAUAAAUAUUUCCCUGCUGACUGCGGCGUGAGGGUCAUCUCUGAGCCUGGACGCUACUAUGUGGCGUCUGCAUACACGCUGGCAGUCAACAUCAUUGCCAAAAAGGUCAUUAUGAAGGAGCAGUCCGCCUCCGAUGAAGAAGAGGAUGGGGCCAAUGACAGAACCUUGAUGUACUACGUCAACGACGGUGUCUAUGGCUCCUUCAACUGCAUUCUGUUCGAUCAUGCGCAUGUCUUGCCCACUUUGCACAAGAAACCCAAGCCUGAUGAGCGCAUGUACCCGUGCAGUAUUUGGGGUCCGACCUGUGACGGUCUAGACCGUAUCGUAGAGCAGUGCAACCUGCCAGACAUGCAGGUGGGCGACUGGUUGCUGUUUGAGAACAUGGGGGCCUAUACUGUGGCCGCGUCUUCCACCUUCAACGGCUUCCAGAAACCCGAUAUUUAUUACAUCAUGUCCCGUGCAGCCUGGCAGUGCAUGCAGCAGAUCUGUGCCCAGGGAUUGCCCGCCGUUACAGAGGAGCAGUGCGCUGGAAGCAUGCCAUCCCACUGCCGGCGUGAGAGCAGCUUAGAUGUACCGGCCAAGCCCUGCCACACCCGUGUGCUCUAAGCACUUCACCGCGGCUACAUCUCCCUCAGUUCUCAUUCAGACAGUUGCAGUUACACCAAAACUGCCAUGUCCAAAUAUGAGCUAUUGAAUAAUGGCAGCAGUAAAGCGUUUUAUUGUAAAUGUACAGCUUUCGAGGCUUGUGUUUGUGUAUAAACUCACGAUAGACGCGCGUACAUUUCGGCUUGCAGUCUUGGGAUUUCCAAGUUCUUAAUGUUCUUUUUUUAAUUUAAAUUUUUUACCUGUAAACUUGUUCUCGAUACUUGACUGGAAGAUAUAAGGGGGUUAAAUUGUGUGUCCACCUCUCUCUGUGUUGGGUGAAGGUCUGCUUCAUGAAUCUUUAAGUUGUGAGAUCUCAACCUUCACACAGGCAUAUACAUUUUUCUUCCAAAAUGACCAUUUCCAAUGAAUACUUGAUACUGAAGAGUAUUGACCCGUAUUCACCAGAGCAUUGAUGCAUUUGAAAAAGGAUACGGAAAAAGAUGGGAUUGCUCUCAUUUUGCUUUCCUAUGGAAACUUUUUUUAAGUUUUGUAUUUUUAUAUAAAUGUAGCCAUAA